AAUUAUAUAGUUUCUUUGAUAUCAUCAGCCUUUGCCCCUCACUCAUCUGGUCUUAUCCCCAACCUACCUAGCUUGCUUAUAUAUGCAUUGCUCAGCUACCCUCGACAUCAGUUCUGAUCGAUCGAGUCAGCGAGAGCUAGGUUAAUUUUCAUUCAGUUGGAUCGAGCUUCAAUUCAAGCUAACUAGUUACCAAAGAUAUUUCUACAGCUUCGGAAUCUGGCUGGACGACUUCAAUUUUCAUGGAUUCUUCAACGUGGGUGAACACAUCUCUUGGCCUCAAUCUUGUCCCUGUGGACUCCAGCCACGCCAUGGACGAAGAUCGAUUUCCCUCGUCGACUAUCACUCAGAAAAAAGUAGACGAGUUUGAAGGAGAAUAUGCUAUAAUUGAAAGCAACAUACGACCACUGAAACAAGAACAGGCAGUUGCAGGUGCUGGUGCAGAUGGUUCUGUAUCAAUGGCUGAGGAAUUGAAUAGGUUAACUUUGGAAAACAAGAAACUGACUAAAAUGCUAACUGUACUAUGCGAGAACUACAAUGCUUUGGAAGCCCAUGUGAAGGAGUUGAUGAUCACCAAACAGCUGGCCCGAGAAAACGACCUGAUGAUCUUAGAAAAUAACUCCUUGGUCAAGAAGAGAAAGUUACCCGUUGAUGAAAAUCAUGACUAUUAUUGCAAUAGAGUCAAUAUGAUUCGAUCUAGUACUAAUACAAGUGCUGCAGAGACCAGCUCAAGUGACGAAGAAUCAUACAGAAGGCCCAAGGAGAUGAGCCACAUCAACUUGAAGAUUUCUAGGGUUUAUGUUCGCACUGAUGUUUCUGACACGCGCUUGAUUGUGAAGGAUGGAUAUCAAUGGAGAAAAUACGGCCAAAAGGUCACCAGAGAUAAUCCUUCUCCUAGGGCUUACUACAAAUGCUCUUUUGCCCCAUCUUGCCCAGUUAAAAAGAAGGUUCAAAAAAGUGCGGACAAUCCAUGCCUUUUGGUGGCUACAUACGAAGGGGAACACAACCACAUACAGCCUGCUGGGCCUCAAGUCAUAACAAUAGAUCAUCAGGGCCAAGGUGGAAAUUCAAUCACUACUCCCAGAUCACUACUGAAUGAUCAUUCCAGUAAUAUUUUGGCACCAAAGGCAUCAUCAACACCAUCUUCAAUUCCUACUGCUGUGUCUCUGUCUAUCUCGUCGCCAUCUGUACUUGAAGGCUCAACAGAGCAGGGUUCAUCAUUUGGUCACAAACCGAAUCAAGGAAGGGAGGUUUCCGAUGCUCAGUACGAUGAGAAGGCUGCUAGUUUUCAACAGCUUUUAGUCCAACAGAUGGCUUGUUCGUUGACAAAAGAUUCUAAUUUCACGACUGCCCUUGCUGCUGCAAUUUCUGCGGGAAGAUUUAACGUUCUAGACCAGCCUCUUCCUCAUCAUGCCAUCCCAAAAUGGUGAUCGCAUCUUUAGAAAUUAAUUAGUUUAAAAGCUAGAGUUAGAGAUCGAUAUAUAUCAAAAUAACAUCUGAUCCAAGCGGCUUAUUUUCUCAAGUUUCUGUCGUUUGAGAUAUAUAUAUAUAUAUAUAUAUAUAUAUAUAUAUAUAUAUAUAUAUGUCCUCUCAGAUCGAGUUGUAAACUGCUCUUAUGCGAAUGUAAUCAGUAUUGUACUUUUGAAGCGUGGUUAUAUCACAUAUUAGCAAU